AUGGAGUAUAGUACCAGGAGGACUGACCUGCCAGAUACCCACAGGACUGUAAAUGCAAACUCGUCAGAAACAGGUGGUGAGAGUAGGAAUAUUGCCUCUCGCGGAUUUAUUAGUGCUGAUGAAUCGUGCACGUCUUCUUCCCCAGUCACUAUACUACGGGACUCGGCUGCAGAUAUAUCAUUGGUGCUCAAAGAGGCUGUUCCUAACCCUGAUUGUUACACUGGAGAGAUGGUAAUUAUCAAUGGAUUGAUAGGGUCCAAGAGCAUACCCAUUUGUGAAGUUUACCUCAAAUCUGAUUUAAUAUCCGGUUAUGUAAGGUUAGGUGUUGUUGAUAGGAUACCAAGUGAUGGCAUUUCAUUUCUUAUGGGUAAUGAUCUCGUUGGUGAUAAGGUGUGGCCUUGCCCUGUGGUUUCACUUUUUCCCGCGAAAGAAAACAACACUGUAGAUUUAGAGAGGGAGUAUCCCGACCUCUUCCCUGCGUGUGCUGUCACCCGGAGUGCAAGUCGUAGAACCUCCCCUCCUAUCGAAGCGCUUACAACCGGUACUACAUUGUCAGAUGAGAGCCCUUGUGAUGUAAUUACUGAGGAAUUUACUCUAGCUGAUUUUUUCGAUUCCUCUGCUAAAGUUUCAAGUAAAUGUACAUCUGAUAAAUCUGAUAUAGUGAAUUUCAAAGGCACUCCAGUUACUAAAGAAAAACUAAUUGAAGAACAAACUAAAGAUCCCGAUUUGAAAGUAUUUUAUGAUAGGCUUACCGAAAUAAGUGAACUUGAAAAUUCCCAUACGUGCUACUAUCUCCAGUCAGGCGUUCUUAUGCGUAAAUAUAAGCCCUAUAAUAUAUCUGCAGACGAUACAAGUAAGACUGUACAUCAGAUUGUAAUUCCCAAGUCCCUUCAGAUUGAUGUUUUGAACAUUGCACAUGACAUUAGUGGUCAUUUGGGAGUCAAGAAAACUUAUUACAAGAUUUUAGCUCAUUUUUAUUGGCCGAAGGAGUUGCCAUCGUGCCAUAUCUGUCAAGUAAAGGGUAAACCAGGAGCUGGCAUCAAACCAUAUCCCUUGCAACCUAUCCCAGUGUUAAGAGAGCCCUUCAGUAAAGUGGUUAUUGACUGUGUAGGCCCCCUUCCAAAGACUAAACGGGGUAACAAGUUCCUGUUAACUAUAAUUGAUGUGGCCACCAGAUAUCCUGAAGCUUUUCCCCUCAGACGCAUUACUACUAAGAAUGUUGUGAAAGCCUUGAUAAAGUUUUUCACCCAGGUGGGUCUGCCUACCGUAGUACAGUCAGAUCAAGGGUCAAAUUUUACGUCCAGACUGUAUGACCAAGUCAUGAAGUCCUUGGGUAUACAGCAGUGCAGAUCCAGCGUAUAUCAUCCUCAGAGUCAAGGGGUACUUGAAGGUUUCACUAUACUCUAA